GGCAGAGAAAGAGAAGAGAGAUACAGUGAGAGAGAGGGAGAGAGAGGCAACGUCACAUUGUAGCAGGCAACCGAAACAACAAGUGCGGCGGCCGUAGCGCAGAAGUGAACGUGAGAGGAGCGGUGGAGCCUGAGGCAGGUGCCGAUUACAGCAGGGAAGAUGGCGGACGACCCGAGCGCAGCGGACAGAAACGUGGAGAUAUGGAAAAUCAAGAAGCUGAUUAAAAGUUUGGAGGCAGCCCGAGGUAACGGGACCAGUAUGAUUUCGCUGAUCAUUCCUCCAAAGGAUCAGAUCUCCAGAGUGGCAAAGAUGUUGGCUGAUGAGUUUGGAACUGCUUCCAAUAUCAAAAGCAGAGUUAACCGCCUGUCUGUUCUGGGAGCCAUCACCUCAGUACAGCAGAGACUCAAACUCUAUAACAAAGUGCCCCCUAAUGGUCUAGUGGUGUAUUGCGGGACCAUUGUAACGGAGGAAGGGAAAGAGAAGAAAGUCAAUAUUGACUUUGAACCUUUCAAACCCAUUAAUACCUCUCUAUAUCUCUGUGACAACAAAUUUCACACUGAGGCUCUGACGGCACUGUUGUCUGAUGACAGUAAAUUUGGUUUUAUUGUGAUUGAUGGGAGCGGAGCUCUGUUUGGGACCUUACAGGGGAACACCAGAGAAGUGCUUCAUAAGUUUACUGUCGACUUGCCCAAAAAGCAUGGUAGAGGAGGACAGUCUGCUCUGCGUUUUGCUCGUUUAAGGAUGGAAAAGAGACAUAAUUAUGUGAGGAAGGUUGCGGAGACGGCCGUACAGCUCUUCGUCUCCAACGAUAAAGUCAAUGUGGCAGGAAUGGUGUUGGCAGGAUCUGCGGACUUCAAAACAGAACUCAGUCAGUCUGACAUGUUUGACCCGAGGUUACAGGCAAAAGUGCUGAAGUUGGUGGAUAUUUCAUACGGUGGAGAGAACGGAUUUAAUCAGGCGAUUGAGCUCUCUGCGGAAGUGCUGUCCAAUGUCAAAUUCAUCCAAGAGAAGAAACUUAUAGGGAGGUAUUUUGAUGAGAUCAGUCAGGAUACGGGGAAGUAUUGUUUUGGUGUGGAGGACACACUGAAGGCUCUAGAGAUGGGAGCAGUGGAGAUUUUAAUCGUCUAUGAGAACCUGGACACUAUGAGAUACAUCCUACGAGUGCACGGGGCAGAAGGCAACGGAGCAGAGAACGAUGAGAAGAUCAUUUAUCUGACGCCAGAACAAGAGAAAGACAAGUCUCACUUCACAGAUAAGGAGACUGGACAAGAGCAUGAGCUCAUAGACUGUAUGCCCCUGCUGGAGUGGUUUGCUAAUAACUAUAAGAAGUUUGGAGCCACACUGGAGAUCGUCACGGAUAAGAGUCAGGAGGGGUCACAGUUUGUGAAAGGCUUCGGAGGCAUCGGGGGCAUUCUGCGGUACAGGGUUGAUUUCCAGGGCAUGGAGUAUCAGGGGGAUGACGAUGAGUUCUUUGAUUUGGAUGACUACUAGGUAGUCUGGGACUGAACCAUGGGAGAAAAAGAAAACAAAAAAGAGUGAAUGAAGAAAAACAGAAAGAAAUCAGUCUCUCUUUUGCAGGGAGAG